GAGUGGAGGUGCAUAGCUCGACAGCUGAUCGUACUGGUGCGUUGUCGGGGAUCUCGGCGUUCUCUCUCGCCUCGGUCGCAGUAUACGUCGUGGUUCCGUUCAGUGCGUUCGGUCAGAUCGGUCCGGGGAUCAUCUGGUGCGUGCAUGCGUCCGCGAUCGAUCGUCCCUGGAACGGACACGGAACGACUCCGGAACGAAUAAAGUUUUAUAGUUGCUAUAGUGGUACAUCAGCAACUAGGCGCAUAAAGUCGAUACGAGUGGAGUAGAAUGUCGUGACGUACCCUUGGUUCAGUGCGAAGAAUAGUGCGAUCACUUCGUGAUCGUUUUGUACCUGAAACACAUCUCCGUUUUGAGUUUGACAGAUCGAAGGAUUUGACAGGUCAAAAAUGCAGAGCGUCAUCGUCGUGGUAUGAAUUCGGACGUCGCGACCCAUGUAGCUGAGCCCACUUUCGUCCGAGGCACGACUGGAUGAUGGCUGAUUUGAAGAAUCUUACCCUGAGUAGUGGCGGAGCAUCCAGGUACAGCGGCGAUGAGCAGGUGCAAUUUAUUCCAGGUGGAAGUAAUCAGGUGACAAUCAGAUCACCUCCUCCUUCCUUACAUCUGGAAAAUCUCAACAAUGCAGUCCACGGUGGCUCGCAGAAUAAUCUCCACUGCAGUUGCAACGGCACCACGUCGAACGGAGCUGCAUCUGCGGUGUGUACCGGUGGUGUUCUGGCCAGGAAAGUGCCGAACCAUAGCGGCGCCAGUCCCGGGCAGGGCAAUAAAAGGCCGGCGGUAUCGUUGACGCAUCUCCCGAAGAGACCUCCGGUCGACGUGGAGUUCAAGAACCUGGCCUAUAGCGUGUCCGAAGGCAGAAAGAGGGGAUAUAAAACUAUACUGAAAUGCGUAAACGGAAAAUUCAGAUCUGGAGAAUUAACAGCCAUUAUGGGGCCGUCUGGCGCUGGAAAGAGUACGCUUAUGAAUGUUUUAGCAGGUUACAAAACGUCUCAUUUGAAUGGCUCAGUACUGAUAAACGGAAAGGACAGGAAUCUCAGAAGAUUUCGUAAAAUGUCGUGCUAUAUUAUGCAGGACGAUCGACUUUUGCCUCAUCUUACCGUUUAUGAGGCAAUGACUAUAUCAGCGAAUCUGAAAUUAGGAAAAGAUAUUAGCGCGACUUCUAAGAAAGUAGUGAUUGAGGAGAUUAUCGAGACACUUGGCCUACGCGAAGCCAGCAAUACACAAACUCAGAGUCUCAGCGGAGGACAGAGGAAGAGAUUGUCGAUAGCGCUGGAGCUUGUCAACAAUCCCCCGGUUAUGUUUUUCGAUGAGCCAACUUCCGGCUUAGAUAGCUCUUCUUGUUUCCAAUGUCUCAGUUUGCUCAAAUCUUUAAGUAGAGGAGGAAGAACGAUUAUAUGCACGAUCCAUCAACCAAGUGCGCGACUGUUCGAGAUGUUCGAUCAUCUGUACCUGCUUGCCGAAGGCCAAUGUAUAUAUCAGGGCAAUGUCGGUGGCCUAGUGCCCUUUUUGUCAUCGAUGGGUCUCGAUUGUCCAAGUUAUCAUAAUCCAGCGGAUUACGUGAUGGAAGUCGCUUGCGGGGAGCACGGCGAGUGCGUUCACAAGCUCGUGAUGGCUGUGAACAAUGGCAAAUGCAAUAAUUAUCAGCUUCAUCAAACGGCCAUCUCCGCGGCGCAGACGGUUUCAAACGAUAUCGCCAAGGAGUCACCACAAGAGACAAAAACAGAAGGUGCUGCAUUGAUACCGAACGGUGUGGCAAAGCCGCCAGCUGGCACGACGAUAAUAAAUAUGCCGGUUUCUUGCACAACGUCAUUGCUAGACAGUGCGGAAAGCAUAGAGCAAAAGGUUGGCUUUCCGACGAAUGGUUGGGUGCAAUUUUGGAUACUGCUUAAAAGAACUUUUCUGUCGCAAAUGCGAGACAUGACGCUAACAAGGGUAAGAUUGAUUUCGCAUAUAAUCGUCGGUUUUUUGAUCGGGGCGAUUUAUUACGACAUCGGCAACGAGGCCUCUGAAGUUAUGAGUAAUGCUGGAUGCGUUUUCUUUACGGUGAUGUUUUUAAUGUUCACUGCGAUGAUGCCUACUAUAUUAACAUUUCCGAUGGAAAUGUCUGUAUUUGUACGAGAACACUUAAAUUACUGGUACUCGGUGAAAGCCUUUUACUUCGCGAGAACAUUGGCGGACUUGCCGUUCCAAAUGGUAUACUCUAUAGCCUAUGUGAUGAUUGUGUACUUCAUCACGUCGCAACCAUUGGAAACGGAACGUUUUCUUAUGUAUUUAAAUAUAUGUAUACUGACAUCGUUAGUCGCACAAUCUACCGGUCUGCUAAUAGGAGCGGCAAUGAGCGUGGAGACUGGGGUAUUUAUCGGACCCGUGAUGUCGGUUCCGAUCGUCCUAUUUUCCGGCUUCUUCAUCAAUUUUAACGCCGUUCCGAAAUAUUUGAAAUUCCUCUCGUACGUGAGUUAUGUGAGGUACGGUUUCGAGGGUGCCAUGAUCUCCGUGUACGGUUACAAUCGAGCGAAGCUCAAGUGUUCCGAGUACUACUGCCACUUUAAGAGUCCGACAAAGUUCCUCGAACAGAUGUCUAUGGAGAAUGCGGUCUAUUGGGUGGACGUUGUUGCUUUGGUCGGCUUCCUGCUCGGUCUCAGAGUGGUCGUUUACUUCGUGCUGAGACUCAAGCUGCGAUCCCUUCGUUAAAUUUUCUGAUUAGUAAGUCCAGGACAGACAAUAAUCACGACGUUACAAUCGUCGUUGCACCGGGACUGUGACCUGGAUAUCAUCAACGAAGAUUACAUUUUUUAACCGUGUAAAAUGAAUGACAAAAGAGACGAUUGCGCACAAAGGACAGUUCGAUCUUAGAAUCGACAAGAAUUGCUGCAUUAAUAAGUGGCGAAGAUCAUCGCAUGAAAAGAAGAUAUUGAUGAAGAGAAUAUACACGCUUCGAAUAGAAAGAUAUGAGGGAACAAAGGUAAAUUAUCUUUGAUUAAAUUAAUCGUUUGACAUGUAAACUUUGAUAUGUAAUUUAAGUCGUUAGAUAUCGCAAGAUACUUAAGUUUAUGUUUACUUUUAUUAAAGCAUAAUAUUUUUUAUUGAUUCCAUUCAUAAGAUAUGUAAUAUUAGUGCUUCGAAGAAUGUUUAAUUAUUAUUAAUGUAAUGAUUGUAAUGAUUAGGGUUUCCAAAUGUUACCAAACCGAAUCUGAUCUCUGCCAUUGGCAAAAGAAAACAUUUAUCAUAUUUUGUUUCUCCAAAUAGAAAAUAGUUACCGCGACCAAACUCAAAUCCGAUUAAAUACGGAUCACAAGUUUAGCUCGUCUAUAUAUGUAGAUAGACGUUUAAAUAAAUAGUACAGACAGGAAUUAGAUUAUGUUCAAUCUCGUAAACAACGGUAGAUCGAUCUGCGUCGCCAAACACAUCGGUUUUCCGGUAUUAAAUUAAGAUCGCAAACGUGUUUAUAGCCAAUGACACAUUAAAUAAACUCGCCAGGAGCCUUAGGCCCGUUCAAGACUCGUGUCCCUCCAACGAGAGCGUUUAAACGCGAACACAACAAAAUAGAGAGUUCUAUAGAUAAGUAGAAUAAAAGAAUCGUUAAAACGAGUCUUUUAUGAUAUUCCUAUGUUAAAUUAUACAUAGUUUGCUAUAUUUAUUUCGACCGGUAAUCUCGAAGGCAAAUAAGUAAAUUGUGUAUUUAUGAUUGUAAUAAUGUCCUUGGACAAAUGAAUAGCAGAAAAUUGUGAAAAUCGAAAGCACUUGUUCGCGAAUAACGUUUUCAUAUUAACGGUAGAAAACGCUUAUUCGUUAUUCGUCUUACAUAAUCAUACACUCGAUCUUUCUUCAUAUCGUAAUUUCAUCAAGAGUUUACCUAAUAAAUUAUACGAUAAUUAUAAAGAAAUAAGGAAAUAAGGAAAAAGAACGAAAAAUGUUUAUUGUAAAAAGCUCACACUUGACCAAUCACUAGCUGCCUGAGCGUUGCUUCUAAGUGCGAGUGUUAAAUAUUGUUACACUUACUAUAUAGUAUAUAUGGCUAUUGGGAGGAUAUUGUGUAUGUAUAGUUGCAUAAAACAGAAAAAAAGAUAGGUAGCGUUCUGUGCAUUAAUGAAUAUGUAAUUAACUCGUAUAUAUGUUUUAUAAUAUUGUAUGAUUCUUUUUCACGGCCUAUAUGUACAAUUACAUUCUGCAGAUUCAUUUAUAUGAAAGAACAGCGAUUAAAAUUAUAUCGUAUACUUUCAAUUUAAUUUACAUAUGAUUAAGAUUCGCUGAAAAUAUUACUAAUACUAAUUAAUAUCACUAACAUCACUAAGAAAUUAUAAACUUACAAGAAGCAAAGCAAUUUAUGCAUUGGUUUUGUAGACAAUAUAAAUGUAUUUUUAUUUCUAAGGGAGUUAAGCAUAUUUUGAGAGUUAAAGCACAUUUUAGUUAUAAUAUUUCUCUUAUACAUAUACUAGCGAGAUAAAUGUAAAUAAUGAAAAUAUGUUCUACUUUUUAUCUGCAUUAAGUAGUAAUAAUGACAGAAGGAUAAGAGAGAGGCAAUAGAAUCUAUCACGAAAAUUAUUUCUUCUCAUAGAACUUAUAAUUUUUUAUAUUACAGUUUAUUUAUCAAUCUCUCUCAAUGUUUUUUUAUAAUUUUAUGUGAUAUUCGUUGACAAUGAAUAUGUUUUUUAACCAAAUGAUAAUUACAUGUUGUC